AUGGGCUUCCUAGAAAAAAACAAGCCAUUAAAGUCUUUAAAAGCUCCAAUGCCAAUUAAUCCAUCUUGGUGCGAUAUCUUAGAAACAUACUUUGCCACUUAUCCAUCACAAGAGCUACACGAGAGUAUUCAAAAGAUUUCAUUGUUUCUUAAAAAUACUGAUGCAACCUGGGAGCAACAAUGCCAGUAUUUAAGGGAUAUCGGGAUAUACUUUACUUCGAUAGAACCAUUAGCAAAACAACGUUGUAUCCCAAUAUUUGAUUCUUGCUAUUUUUUGUCGGCAAAAUUACUCAGUAACCAUGACGCAGAAUCAAUAAAAUCUUUUAAUUUUGAAGCGAAUAAUAAUAUGGUUUUGGAAUUUUCAAAAGAAUAUUCUGCGUACAUAACUCAUGAUAAUUACACGACACAGACAUUAUGUCAAAAAGGAAUUGCUAUUUAUCUAAUUUGUUUAAUGAUUAUCAUCAAUCGAGUGAGAAAUGAGCUGGAAGAAAGUAACAACGUGUUAGGAAUGUGUAAGAAAGAAUCAAAACCAAUGAAUGAUGUUACAAUAUUUUCUAAUUCACUCAUGUUCUCUCAACAUAUGAACGAUGCUCAACAUGUAAUAAAAACUUUGCUGGCUUUGUUUUCAAGAUUUGAAGAGAUUCUCAGGCCAAAGUUUGAGUUGAUCAGAGAAAGUUGUAAUGAUAAUUCUGUAGAGUUUACAAAAAUUAGAGAACUAUUUAAUGGAUGCAUCACCAUAUGUUCUGAUGAACUAUAUGUUAAAGAUGUAAGGCUAUUGACUGGAAUGACGUUAGCUGCAAUUUUGAAUUUAUUGGGUUCAUUACAAGAUGUAAAUGAUUUGGUUUUAUCAUUGUUCUUCGUAUGGCCGAUCACUCGGGAACAGGAGUCAUUAAUCAUGUCAUUGUUAAGAAUUCAGACUUCUGAUGCCCCGUUAAUGGAGAGUGGUUGGCAAGGCGAAUGUCCAAUUAUGCUAGUUAUAUGUCGGGGAUUAUUGUCUAAUCUAUCACGAGCUUGUCUUAUGCAUCAUAUCACAAAUUUUAAAUCAAAAAUUCCUGUCUUAAGUAAUUGUAAAUCCUCAUCACUCCAUCAUAUAUUAUUCUUGAGUAUUACCUAUUUUUGUGAUAAUGCAAUUACUUCUCAAACAAAAGUUAUUGCAUUUGAAACAAUGGGAAUGUGGCUUCAAGAAACUGAAAUUAUCUUGGGAGAUUCUAACGUCAAGAAUAAUGAGGUUUUAGAAAUUCAGACUAUAUUUGAUUCUCAGAACUUAGAUAAACUGAUGUCUUAUGUUUGGAAUAAUUGUGAUGACCCUGUUGAUGCUAUACAAUACAAGGUGAAGACUAUCUUUGAAAAACUAUUGGAUAUUUUAAGUAUCAAGAGAAAAUAUGAAAAUACAGACGAUUUUUAUAAUCAAUUCUUCAUCGGAACAAAUGCUUUCCUUAGGAUUCAAAUGGAUUUUGUGAAGCGGACUUUGGAGAUAUUACAUAAUACGACAAUUGCGCCACGAUCUGCUCAAUUGCUCGCGUCUUUCUUUGAAUGGUCUUUAAAAGAGUUGCUAGAGACAUCUACUAAACAAAUUGAACUUAAUAGUGAAAAGAAAAAAGCUGAUGAAAUGCGGAAAGAGGCUGUAAUUAAUGAUUGGAUUGAUUUAUGGUUAGCACCCGUAUGUCAAUGUCUUACAUCACCUAACGACACUCUACGUCAGAAUAUUGGCGGGUUUAUUUUAAAACCUUUAUUUAAAAUUGAUCCACUAUCAUUCUGGAAAAUCUUGAAUAUAAUUAAAUAUAAUAAAUCAUCGAAUAAUUUAAAUGAUUUCGUGAAAGAUGAACGUUAUCGAUUAAAUGCUUUAAUAAUAAUCAUUAAAGUUGCCAGGUCAUUGGAUUUAGUUGAUGGUAGAAUGCUGAUCGAAGAUGAAUCGGAUUCAUGUGAUGAUAAAAAGAUCAAGCUACAUUCUCUUCGUAAUGCGACAUAUCAUAUAGAUUCAAAUCUUCGAAUUGACGUUCUUGGCCUAAUCAGUGAAUCACAAAAAUCAAUAACAGAAGUGACAUCAACUGAACUUUCAUUUUUAAGAUCAUUUUUCGAAUUAAAUCUGAAUUCAACUUCUCCUGAAUUUAGGCAGAAGAUGUAUGGGCAUUUGAAUAAAUUAUUUUCUAGACUUCAAGGAAAUUUGUAUGCUCAAUGGAGAGAUUAUAAAUCUCUCUUAAAAUAUGCAGAAAAUAACCGUUCCACUACCAAGAAUAUAAAGGUUUCACAAGCGUUACUGGAAGCAGAGCAAUUAAAACAUAAGAUUGAUAUUUCGCAAAAUUUUUUGAACUGGUUAAUUGAAUUAUUGGUUGCUUCGUUAUACCCUGGUGCAUCGUUUCAGAGAGUGUCCUGCGCGCUUAAGAUAUUUAUCAUAUUAAUCAGAAUAUUUGGUCUUUGUAAUGAAUCUUCAUUUACGAAAGAAUAUGUAGAUAAACAAAAUGAGUCGUCAAGUUUUCCUUUUCAGCUUCCGCUUGUUACAGCUAGGAAUGUAAAAUUAAUAUUAAAUUGUCUAAUGAAUUCAUUUGACGAAAACCGAACGUUAUCAUAUGAAAUACUAGAAACGUUUCCUUCGCCGUUACCAGGAAUUGAAUCAUUCGAUGAUGUACAGGAAAUUUUGUUUUGGGCAGUUCAAUUAAUGACUAGCACUAGAGCUGGUGAAAGUGAUAGUGGUGCUACAAUAUUUAGCCUAAUAUUUUCGAAGUAUGUGUUGAAACUUGGUUAUGAUUUGGACGUGGAAUUGGAUAAAAGUCCUUCUGUCUCCUCUUUUGGUUUGGAAUUUAACGAUAAAUCAACUGCAUUCAUUGGGAAAUUAAUGGUACUUUUAGAGAAGCAAAUUAAAACUGCAUCUCAGAAUUUACUACUUGCAUCUCGAAAAUAUCCAAUGCAUGGAACAUUACUCGCACUCCAAUAUAUAUUUCAAAAACUAGAUUACAAUUCCACAAUUAUAAAGUCGAAUGUGAUGGAAUGGCACAUUGUUCAUGACAAAGUUAUUUCAUUGAUUAAUCAAAUAUGUCAAAUAGUACUUGAAGUAUUGUCAGAUCCAUCACCUGAAGGAAAUGUUCCUGCAUCAUUUCAAGAGCUUGUUGAAGAAUUUGUUUAUUCAAGCAACGAUAUGGAUAUGGAAAGUGAUGAGGGGCCUAAGCAUCAAGUCAUAUUAAGUUGUUGUUGGAGAGCUGUGAAAGAAGCAAGCGCUCUCUUGGCCAUAAUAUUAUCGAGAGCGCCAAUGGCUGCUACUUUAAUAGAUAAUGAAGCAAUACUUAAUUAUGAACAAGUUCGAGAUGGAGGUGCAUUAUUUCGAACGUUAUUGACAUCUAUACGCCAUAGGGGUGCAUUUUCAGCAGUAUAUCCAGGAUAUGUAUUAGUCUGUUCUCGAUUGCUAGAUUCACCGCAAAUAGAGUUUGUUGAAUUGCCUAAAACGUGGCUUAAAGAAGACAUUUGUGCAAUAACAACGAAUUCAAUAUCAAUAACUCGUCGAAGUGCUGGCCUUCCGUUAUGCAUCUUGGCAAUAGUUAGUAGUGAACCAAGCACUCGAAAAAUACUACUUCCAUGGGCCAUGAAAACUUUACUAGACAUUGGUUCCCAAAAAAUUUCACCUGAUGGAGACGUUGAUCAACAAACUAUUGAUUUACCUCAAGUCCAUUCCUUUAAUAUUUUGAGAACAAUAUUUAUGGAUGCUAAAUUAGGAGCAGAUGUUUUACCUUAUGUUUCGGAUGGAUUUAUGUUGGCUAUUAAUGGGUUUUGUUCAUAUAGUUGGGCCAUUCGUAAUUGCUCAGUUAUGCUAUUUUCUACGCUUUUGCAAAGGACUCUUGGUACAAAGAAAAUAAAAGAUGAACACCAUUCUAUUAACCAAUUAACUAGCCGUGAAUUCUUUUCAAGGUUUCCAAAAUUGCAUCCCUUUUUAGUGGAUGAACUUAAAAUUGCAGUUAAUCAACUUAUAAAGCCAACACAGAAUAAUAAAACGGAAGUGUAUCCUGGACUUUAUCCGAUUCUUACGUUGUUAUCUCGAUUACAUCCGUCAUUAAUGGAAAGUUCAGUAUUGAACAUGGAUCCUUUUGUCACGCUUGUGAAAUCUUGUUGCUCUUCACCAAUUUACAGAGUACGGGAAAUGUCCGCAAGAUCAAUUGUUCCAUUAAUUGCAUCACAGGAUUUAAUUAUUACUUGUAUCGAAUUGUUUAAUGCAUGCGAAAUAAGUAAUCAAAAUGAAUUACAUGGGAGAUUGGUUCAAAUACAAUAUUUAAUGCGUGGACAUCUUAGUAGGAAUCUUAUUGGAUUUGAUUUGACAAAGGAAUUUAUAAACAAAAUGGAAUUAAUGAUAAUGCCAAAGAUUCCCGUAAUUUGUUAUGAAAAUCCUUGUGAAAUUACUAAAUAUUUAUUUUUAGAAAUAAUCAAUGAAUUUGUAUUUGAUUCUAAAUGGACACUUAACGAACAGGACAAGAGGAAGCGGUUAGUGUUAAUAACCUUGAUGGAAGAAAAGUUUGCAAAAAUAAGACAAGCCAUAUUUGAUUUUUCUUUAUCAAAUAUUUUUGACAAAUUUGAUACUACUCUGAACAUUGGAGGAUUUCUAACUCGGCGACAAAUGGUAAAAGUAAUAAUUAAAUCACUGUUGAAUCAGGACAAUCAAGACACAAUGAAAAAGAACGAAAUUAUAAUAAAAUUCUUGAGUGAUGAAGAAUAUGAAGUUAGAUUUACUACUCUGGAAAUACUUUUGGAAUAUUUUCUUGAGAUGGACGCUAUAAAUAUCGGUACAAGUGUUAUAUCAGUGAUUCAAUCAAAAUUAAUUAUAAUGAUAUAUCAUGAAGAACAAUGCUCGGAGUGCUUUCAGCUCAUAGUAGAGUUACUUGUAUUAAUCAAUUCGGAUUAUCCAUUUCCAAAAUCAAAUUUAAUAUCAUCGCAGCAACCUUCAAUUAAGUUAAAUUUGGAAGAAUUUUGCAAACAAUUGUUUCGAUAUAUGGAAAAGUCUAAGAGUUCAUCCGUACUUGAAGCUACGCUACUACUUUUGGGAGCUUUGAUGGCUGAAAUAUGGAACGAAACUUCAUUGCCAUAUGAAUUCAAGUCAUUGAGUUUGAAAAAAUGGGCUGAACAUAUAAAUAAAAAUACCAAAUCUGAAAUUACUUUGACUCGGCGUGAAGCAGCUGCAAAAUCAUUAAAAUUAUUUAGUAGACUUCUGUUUAAAAAAGAACCUAUUUUUACUAAUAAUGACGAUAUACAAUAUUUCAUAUCUUUAUAUAUUGUUCUCAUUCGGCUUACUCAGGAUGAUGAUGUUGAUUUACGUCGAAAUACUGCAUUAGUUGUAUCCAAAGCUAUGGGUUUGGAGGAUCCAGUUAAUUGUGAUAGGGCACGAGAAUUAUGUUAUGAAUACAUGACAAACCAAUAUUCUAGAUCAGUUCAUUUAUAUGUAGCGUUAUUGCAAAUCUUGGCGGGAGAUGUUAAACCAGAUGAGAUAUUAAAAUCAGAACUGACGCCAUCUAGAGUUUUGUUUGCUAUAGAAAAUCCAAAUAUAUAUAAAGAAGAUUUGGUUGAUAUUCAAUUGGCUUAUAAAUAUCUAUUAUCGGCUAUAAAAAAGGAAAGAAAUAGAUUGGAGUUUCUUGAAAUGUUUAGAAAGGAUAUUCCGAAGUUUUGUGUCAAACAAUUAAUCAUGGUAUGCGAGUUUAUAAGUUCACACGAAGUACAGACCAACAAGAAUGGACCAAUUGGCUUUACCUCACGUCUCAAUGUGUUUAUUGUUAUGUAUAGAGUGAUAACAACAGUUUCAGUGAUGAUCGAACUUGUAUCAGACACAGAAAGCAUUUCAAAAGGGAAGAUGAAGAUGGCAACAAGUUUAUGA